AUGGCAAGUUCUAACGUCGACCAAGCUCUUCCCAACGCUUUCUUCGCGUUUUUCGAAUGGUGCCAGGAGCAAUGCUGGUGGGAUCGCCUAGAUGAGGCUGCCCGCUAUCUGAGGAACUGGGUCCUCAUUCGGCGAAACGACACCUCAUGUACUGCUGACGCAAUCAAUCGGCCGCUUGACGUGGUACAGCAAGCCCGCAUCACCGAGGCUCGUCUCAUUGGGGCGCCCGCACAAAAUGAUGAUACCUGCGAGCACGAGUGGGUGCUGCCUUUUGGUAUGAACCGUCGAGGUCUUCCUACGUUCCAGAUGCGCACCAUUUUGGAUGACGAGUGGGUCGAUGGAAGAGUGGUUUUCUAA